CCCAGUCUUGUGCACGCAGAUGCCCGGAUUCGAUAUGAGCGUCCAAAGAGCGCAAUAGCAUCAUCAGCAUCACCAGCAUAUACGCAGCUUCCUGCUGCUGCAAAAUAGAGAUAUACACACACACCAUGUCGGUCGCACCGAGCACAUCUCCGACGACCCGGACGAGCCAACUGCCGCCGGAGGUGGUCGCCCACGAGGCCAUCAUCAUCGACAGCGACAUCGAGGACAUAACCGAGCCCUUGCUGCCGUCCAACACCCGCGCGACGCUGCCAAAUCCGUUCGUCAGCGGCCUGUCUUCCCGAACAUCCUCUUUCACGGCCUCGCUGACCUCGUCUACCCGGGGAAUCGCGCCCUCGGGCGGUAGUGGCGCGUAUGGAUCGGGCGAGCUGUCGAACUUGAAGCUCGCGCUCGUCUUUCUGUCGCUCUAUAUUGGUGUCUUUUUGGCGGCCUUGGACGGCACGGUGGUCGCGACUUUGCUCGCUCAUAUUGCGUCGGAGUUUGAUGGGUUUAAGAACGUGUCGUGGAUCGCGACUGCGUAUCUUAUUGCGAACGCGGCCUUUCAACCUCUGUAUGGAAAGUUGACUGAUAUUUUCGGACGGAGACCGGGUCUCCUAUUCAGUAAUAUCUGUUUUGGUGUUGGAUGCUUGGGAUGCGGAGUAGCCACAAACCUAUGGUUUCUUGUCUUUGCCCGAGUAGUAGCAGGCAUCGGCGGUGGUGGCCUCACCGCACUCUCGACAAUCACACUCUCAGAUCUUGUCCCGCUGCGGAAGCGGGGUGUGCUGCAAGGCUUUGGAAACAUCAUGUUUGGCUCCGGCGCCGCUCUCGGCGGCAUCUUUGGCGGGUACGUGACUGCGCAUCUGGGCUGGCGAUGGGCGUUUUUGCUGCAGCUGCCGCUGAUUGUGUUGUCUACGCUUGCGAUCCAAUUCCUGCUUGUUUUGCCGCCCAAGGCGCGGGAGUACGAUUCUGACGACGACGAUGCGAUUCUCGAUGACGAGGAGACCGAGACUGCGCGCGAGCAUCGACUUCUGGGCCGUGUGGAUUUCGCGGGCGCGGCGACGUUGGUGGCCUCGCUUUUGGUGUUUUUGUUUGCCGUGUCGAUUGGCGGGAACCAGGUGCCGUGGUCGCACCCGCUGGUGCUUAUUUCGCUGCCGCUGUCGCUUGUCAUUAUGGCGUUUUGGGUCUAUAUCGAGCUCUACAUUGCAAAGGAGCCGAUUAUCCCUGUGCAGUUGCUGAAGGACCCGACGAUUUUCGGUGCGGCGUUUUGUAACUGGUUCAUGACAAUGUCGGUCUACUCGCUUUUGUUUUUCAUCCCGCUUUACUUUGUCGCGGUCAAGGACACGUCCGAGACGACGGCGGGGUCGAGUCUGGUGACGAACUUCAUCGGCGUCGCGGUCGGCUCGUUCGGGUCGGGGAUAUACAUGCGUGCCACGGGAAAGUAUUACAAGAUCGCGAUGCUCUCUGCGGGUCUCUAUAUCGUUGGCACGGGAAUGAUUUGCACGCUGGCGGUCGACACGCCGAUAACUAUCGUCUGGCUGUACACGUUCCUUCCGGGCGCGGCCUACGGCUCGCUUCUGACGGUCACGUUGAUCGCGCUGAUUGCCGCAGUUCCGCACGAGUACCAAGCGGUGACGACUUCGAUCCAGUACGGCUUCCGCGGCACGGGCUCGACGCUCGGCGUAGCGGUCGCGACGAGUCUGUUCCAAAACACGCUUGCCAAGUCGCUUCGCGAGCGCGUGUUUGGCUCGGACGCGGAGGAGAUUGUGAAGCGGGUGCUGGAGAACGUGGAGGAGGUGAGGAAUCUGCCGGGGUAUUUGAUUCCGGUCGUGCGCAUGUCGUAUAUGGAUGCGUCGCGGGCGGUGUUUGUGAUGUGUUUUGUGCUGGGGAUAGCGACUGCCGCGAUGGCAGCGAUUAUGAGGGAGCAUGUGCUGCAUUCGACCAUCGACCGGCGAUAGUCGACAAGUUCAGCAACAAUUGCCUAUAAAUACAAUAUCAUCACCAUCUUCUUUAUCUGCCUCGGCCAAGCACAGAUUCAUAAAUUAAGUGAUUGCGGCGCAGAAUGACGUCAUUCCUAAACCUAUGCCCAGAAAAAAAGAAAAAAAAGAAAGAAAAAAG